CCGGUUAUGAGUCCAUCUUUCCAAGUCAGAAUAAUAACAGGGUGGAGAAUGAUUUCAGCUGAGACGAGAUGACUGUUAGCGCGUUAAAUGCUCACUGUAACACACGCUCAUGUGUCAUAUGUGAGAGUCGUCAGUGAAGCGACCUCUUAUGGCGGGACUGUCGCAUUUAGUGCUGCGUGUGUCGGGCUCGUACGGUGUGUUUUCUAAAGGGCUCAGCAGAACUCUGCUCAUCUUCUUUGAUCUCGCCUGGAGACUCAGAAUCAGAUUCCCCUACCUUUAUGUUAUUGCCUCCAUGAUGUUUAACGUGCGACUACAGGUUCACAUUGAGAUACAUUGAUUGACACUGAAUAGCUGCCUCUUUGAAAUCUCACCUUUUGGACACAAGCCCAGUAAUGGCUCUCAACUCUAUGGUUUCUACAGACUUCAUCAAUAAAGCUCAUGAAUUAUCUAUAGCUUGGAGACAUACUGACAAAAACAUACUGAAUGGGAUACCAGUAGGAAUUCUUCGUGCAAAAUGGACAUCAACUUCAUCGGAGGAGAUGACUAGGAACGUAUGAUGAUACGUCUCUCACAGUUUCAUGUUAUUUUCUUUAUUUUAGAAAGGUAAAUACCUCAUGCUCAGCCGUUGGACGGUACGGACAAUGAGACCUGUGAGACUCAAAAUUCACGUUUGGGAUGAGUUGCUGUGCUUCAGCGUGCUUUUAACAUUGAGAGAACGCAUGAUGAUAAACUGAGUCCAACAGUGUUAAAAUGUGGUUUUUGCACAUUUCAGUUUUGCAUAUUAAGAAAAAUUAAGAUUAAUAUAUUGUUUUUUUUUUUUUUUUUUUUUUUUUUUUUUUUUUUAAGUCUUGUUUAGUCACCGCAUGUCAGCUCACAUUGGGACAAGUCUACCAUUCACCUCCAUCAUCUACUCACUAACACAGUGGCUACUGUUACAGAAAACUACAGGGAUUUGUAUAUAUGGACGGAUUUAUUUGUGUGUGUUUUUGUUAUUAUUAAAUCUGUGCAUUAUAUGGCACAUGCAUUUUGGGAGGAUUGUGAAUGUACUGUGUUUUAAACUUUGACAAUAAAAUAUGAAGAGAUAUUUUGCCUU